GGGAGUGAGGGAUGGAGUGGGGGGUAGACACACUGCAUCAUUUAAGUACUGCGGCUGAUGUCACUUCCUAAACACCAUAAUUGGUCAUCAAUGACUCUUAUAGCUGUGAAGAAUGGCUAAAUGAAAAAACACAAACACACUUCCCCGGGGCUUUGUUUCAGUGAUUCGUUGAACCCUUAAUUGCUCGGACCUCACAGCCUCUCUCUCUCACACACACACCUGAUAGAAGGGCAACUCCCACUGAGGACGGCGUCGCAUAUCUUCCCGCUCACCUAUACACAGCCUGCUGCCGUCGCCCCCCUUAUGUGCCCCCUCCCUUACCGGACUGGACUGACAAAUGGGUUAAAUCUGUCAGCAGGAGUAGCCGUGAUAGAUGCACCAGGAGCGUCGGGAGAUCCCUUCCCGUCCCUUUGCUGCUUGACAGAUCUGCGCUCAAAGCUUUCGCCGUGCAUCAUCCACGCUGUGGUUUGAAUUCGACAAGGAAGACUGAAUUAGAUCGUGUUUUUUCUUCAUUUCUUUCUUUUUAAAAUUUCUUUUAUAACAGGCGACUGAGAGAAGCAGCUGCAACAGCAGCACCGGUUCUUAGACCCAGACCCGUGGGCGGCUGGGUGGCGUUCGUCUGGGCGAGCUGAUAGGACGCAGAUUUGGCACUCUACCUACCAACUGCUUCAUCCCAAAACGACCCCAAAUUCUCGAGACAUGGCGAUGAGAAGUGAGAUGUAGAAAGCGGACAUAAGGCCAUUCAUGUAGGUCUGUGUUUCAGCCAAAACGGACAACAUUUCACACCAUCACCACCACCAGAGUCCUCCCCAUCUAACCAGUUGAUUUUUUUAAAAUAACUAUCUAAAAAGUGUGGAACACAUGACACGCUGGUGAAUUCCCCAGGCAGGUCCAACACAGAGACUGAAUGAGUCCAUCUUUGACUGUCGGACGGACUCCUCAAGAGCACAGGACGGAUGCAAACAGAAUAAACACAUCUUGGCAAUUCACACAAACACCUUCAGCGUCUCCGCCAACGGUGCUCUAACAGAACGGGGUGACUCGCACACCGGAGGAAAAGUCGUUUCACGGGCAGGGAGAAGAUGCCAUUCCACCAUGUGCGGGCGGGCCUGCUCUAUCCAGACAACUACCUGAGCAGCUCCCUGGCAGAGGGGAACGAAGCCUUCCAGCUAACCAGCCUCUCCACUGAGGAGCUGGGAGAGAUCCGUGAGGCAUUCCGUGUUCUGGAUCGUGAUGGGAAUGGUUUCAUCUCCAAACAGGAGCUGGGCAUGGCCAUGCGUUCCCUGGGUUACAUGCCCAGUGAAGUGGAGUUAGCCAUCAUCAUGCAGAGACUGGACAUGGAUGGGGACGGCCAGGUGGAUUUUGAGGAGUUCAUGACGAUACUGGGGCCCAAGCUGCUGUCAUCUGACAACAGAGAAGGAUUUCUAGGCAACACCAUUGACAACAUCUUCUGGCAGUUCGACAUGCAGCAGCUGUCUCUGGAUGAGCUGAAGCAGGUGCUGUUCCACGCCUUCCGGGACCACCUGACAAUGAAGGACAUAGAGAACAUUAUCAUCACCGAGGAGGAAAGCCUCAAUGAAACCUCAGGGAACUGCCCUGAGUAUGAGGGAGUUCAUCCCAAGAAGAAGAAUAGGCAAACGUGUGUCAGGAAAAGCCUGAUCUGCGCCUUUGCUAUGGCUUUCAUCAUCAGUGUCAUGCUUAUCGCAGCCAAUCAGAUGCUGCGGAACGGCAUGGAGUAACCAAUUGCACUGUGAGCAUGGGGAGUGGACAGAACAGCCAUGACCUCACAUCUUGUCUUUGCAGCCAAAGCUGGACCACAACCCAAGCACUUCUCUAAACAAUCAGUUGAGUUUUGUUUUUUUGUUUUUUUAAGUUUUAUUUGAACUGAACUUACAAAGGCAGACAAUGAGUAAAAUAAGUAAAAUGAAAGGAGUUGUAUUGACGAUGUCACCACAUAGAGUCACUGGAUUUACUGAUCGUAAGGAACCUGAACUGCAAAAGAAUUCUGUUUUUAUAUAAAACACUGAAAUUAAGGGGGGAGGGUAUUAUUUUGUUGUUUUCAAGAACAAGACCACCCUUUAAACUUGAUUUUCUAAUUACCGAAAAUGUGUAUCAGGUGCUUUGAGCCAUUCCUAAUUACAGAAAGCAAAUAAUGGUUAUUAUGGACAACUUCAGAAGUUGCACUGAAUGUGAAAUGAGUGAAUGGUGGGCACAGUAUUGAAAUGCACACACACACACACACACACACACA